AUGAGUGCUUUACAGCCUUCGUCAUUUUCUGGUGGUGGACUUGUUGCCACCACCAACUCAAACGUCGCUCCCCCAGCAACCGAUCUCAUGGAAACGAAGAAGCAGCAACAGCAGAUUGCUCAGCAACAGGCCCAGCAAGGUAUGCUCCUUUUCGAUUAUUUCUUCCCACCUCUCAUCGUAAUGUCGUCUAAAGGACCGUUUUAA